AUGGCAUGUGUUUCGCCGGCAUUGGUGGGUGCAUCCCAUUGGUUCCUAUUCGUUGCAACAACAUCUUUUAUUGCCACACUUUUAUGGUGUUUUGUUUAUCUUCUCUCGAUACGAGAAGCACUUAAGAUUCCCAUCAAUUGGAUAUUAACGGAACUGUUAAAUACCUCGGUGGAAGCGGUACUUUACAUGAUCGCUUUUAUCGCUCAGCUUUCCCUUUGGAGUUCGGUAUCUGGUGCUCCACAUAUUGCUUCGAAUAUUGCUGGUGGUGUAUUCGGUAUUCUAAAUACUCUGGCAUAUGCCGCAGGUGCUUAUUUCCUUUAUAUAGAAUGGAAAAGCAGUAAUACGCAAUGA